CACUCUUCUAUUAAAAUAUAUAUAUGCUUCAACAAAGAAGGACUUGGUUGGAAAGAGCAAUUACAAAAGAUCAAGUGAAGAUUCCCCAGCACUACUUACUUUCAGAAGGGAAAAAAACUUAUUUUAAACUUGUCCUUGAAUAAUUGACAAUUUGACAGGCAGCUCCCACCCCACAACCCCCAAAAUACACAUUGAAAAAAAUUGGAAAAAAUGAAAUAUAAUUAACCAUCACACACACAGCACAACACAGCAACAGCCAUCUCAUCUCCACUCUUCAUAAAACCCCUCAUUGCAAGAAUUCACCCCUUCUUCUUCUUCUUCUACAAUUUCUCUCUCUCUCUUCUUUCUCUCACUAAUAAUUCUCAUCUCCUUCCCAUCAAUCUCCCCACUUGCCCGUUUCCGCCCACUCUUCAUUUUUAUUGUGGAGGGAAUUUGCGCGCCGGUAGGGAAGGGGAAGGGGCAAGCAAUCAAAUGGCGGGGGAAUUUUCUCACCAAUAUCUAAAAGAAACUAUUCGAGAUUCCUCUGGCGGGGAUAUCGCCAUGGCAGCAGCUCCUCCUCCGCCGCCUCAUCUUGGCGCUGCAGAAGAACCAGUCGGCCGCGAAAACGGCGGCGGCAAUUCGAAUUCCGGCGAGAUUGACGAGAGGAGCAGCAACAGAGGUGAUGAAGGAGGAGGAGUCGGCGGCGGCGGCGGUGGGCUGAGUGGCGGUAGUUACGGCGGGAACCGGUGGCCUCGGCCGGAAACCAUAGCGCUGUUGAGGAUAAGGUCGGAGAUGGAUUCCGUUUUUCGCGACUCCACUCCUAAAGCUCCAUUGUGGGAAGAAGUUUCCAGGAAGCUAGCGGAGCUUGGAUAUCAUCGAAGCGCCAAGAAAUGCAAAGAGAAGUUCGAGAACGUGUCCAAGUACCACAAACGCACCAAAGAUGGCCGCACCGCCAAGCACGACGGCAAGACCUACCGCUUCUUCCAAGAAUUGGAAGCUUUCGAAGGCAAGCAGCAGCACCUCCAAUCCUCCGCCGCUCCUCCUCCACCGCCGAUGAUGGCCGCGUCGGCAGUAAUUACUCCGGCAUUGCCAUUGGCCGCCGCGGUUCCAAAAAACAACACAAUUCCACAUCCAAUAAUGGCGACUGUUCCAUCAGCGCACGGUAACAGUACUACGAAUAUUGCCACUAGUACUACUACUUGCAUCAACUUCACCAUCACCCCUCCGAGCCAUCUCAGCCCUACACCUGUCACGCCAGCCGAGCCCAUCUCCUCAUCCCAGCCGCUCAAUCCCAGCCCGCAGAGCGUCUUCCACCCUUCCUACGACCACCGCCACCACAACAAUCACAAGGCCGCCGCCGCCGCCGACUCGCACCAUCUCUUCUCCAGAUCCACCUCCUCCUCCACCGCCUCCGACGAGGAACUCGAUGAGGCGGCCGCCGCGGGGACGAUUACUCCCGCCCGGAAUAAUAAGAGGAAGAGAAAGUGGAAGGACUUCUUCAGCAAGCUGACCGAAGGCGUGAUCCGGAAGCAAGAGGAGCUACAGAAGAAGUUUCUGGAAACCGUCGAGAAAUUGGACCGCGAGCGCCUGAUUCGAGAGGAUGCGUGGCGCGUCCAGGAGACGGCCAGGAUCAAUCGCGAGCACGAGGUCCUAAUUCAGGAGCGAUCCACCGCCGCCGCGAAAGACGCCGCCGUCCUCGCAUUCCUCCAGAAAAUGUCCGGAGGCGAAGGACAACAAAUUCCUCCUCCACCGCCCCAGCCGCUGCCACCGAUGCUACCGCCGCAGCCAUCUCCUGCGGCGAGGAGAGAGAGCAGCGCUGCUGGCGCCGCCGCGGCUGCGGCUGCGAGUUCGUCGCGGUGGCCGAAGGUGGAAGUGGACGCGCUGAUCGGGCUUCGGACGAGGCUGGACGAGAAGUAUCUGGAGAACGGGCCCAAGGGCCCGCUGUGGGAGGAGAUAUCGGCGGAGAUGAAGAAGAUCGGGUACAAUCGGAGCGCGAAGAGGUGCAAGGAGAAGUGGGAGAACAUCAACAAGUACUUCAAGAAGGUGAAGGAGAGCAACAAGAGGCGGCCGGAGGAUUCCAAGACCUGCCCCUACUUCCACCAAUUGGAUGCAUUGUACAGGGAGAAGAGCAUCGGCAGCACCAAGGCGGCCGGAAUCGUAAUGUCCCCCGCGGCGGGCGGCGGUGGUUACAUCGCGGCCAAUCCGUUGAGGGCGGUGGAGCCGGUGGCAGCUGGUAUGGAUCAAACGCAGCCGCAGCAGCAGCAGCAAUGGCAGGCUCAUCCGGCUCCGCCAGCGCCCAAGCAGCGUAAUGCCGAAGAGGAGGAGGAAGAUGAGGAGGAGGAUGAGGAGGAUUAUGAAGAUCUGGAGACGGAGGACGAUGAGGAAGGCGAUGGCGAUGGCGGCGGCAAUGGAGGUGGAUUUCAAGUUGUACAGAAUAGACCCGUAGCCGCGAACGAACGGUGAGUGAAUUUUGACAAAAAAAAAAAGAGUAAAAAAAUCCGGUCAAUUUGGUGAAAACACUGGCUGGAUUUUUUUACCGUGGAACUAUACGGUAACGGUAUCGUAGUAGUUUCUUCGAUCUGGUGGUGGCGGAACAUUACAAAUGUGUGGGACUUCAAUUAUGCCCAUACAUACACAUGGGACAGGGUGGGGAGGAAGAGAAAUGGGGUUGGUUUUGCGUUUUGGUUUGCAUUCUACAGUGGGAUCCAUAAACAAAUUUUUUAUUUAUUUUUCGGUUCAGUUUUAUUUUAUUUAUUUUUUUCUCCCUCAAAUUGUUUGUUGCAUAAACCACUCUGAAGAAAGAGAGAGCGGACAGGAUGAAUAAAGAAUAUAUAUACAGAGAGAGGGAGCGGGGAGUUAUUUACUUAUUUUUCAUCAUCAUUAUUAUUACAAUUUACUAGUUCUUUAUUAUUUUAAUUUGUAUUUAAGGUUGUGUCCAUAUAGAGAGAUUGGGGGCAAAAGGAAAAAGAGGAAGAAAUAAAAGGGAGAAUUUGCAGUGAUGUAUCUAUCUGUCUAUCUUCUAUCAACUGAGUUUGUUUAUGAUGCUUGUUGAGAAAUUAUCAACAUGGAAAGUGUUGAAAAUAUUGAGAAUUGCAAAAAAAAAAAAAAAAAAAAAAG